UGCUUACCAAUGCAUAGCAGCAACCCAAGAUAUGUAGAUGGGAAAGAAUCUACCCUGCGCCUGAACAACCCUGCCAACUUAUCCACCUCCUCCUUGUUGUAUGAAUACCCAACAUUUCACUUUUUGAGACAUUGUAGCUACGCUACACUCUAUAGGGGAUGAAUUCUAUGCUAUGCAGUACAAGCUAUUUAAAACACUGAUUGUGCCACAUGUGCCAUCACCAUCCUUUAGUGACCCAUCUUCUAAGUGCCCCACCCAAACCUGACCCGAACCCAACCCGUUGACAGCCCUACAAACCCCCGUCUCAUAUUCCACUCGACAAAGCAUACGAAGGCUGGACCGAUGAAUUGACGAUUGGACAUCCAUUGUCCAUGUGUCCAGACAUGGGAGUCAAUCUAGAUCCUGAGCAGUACAAUUCCAUAUAAUCAACUGAAUUAUCUCCUCAGGGAAAUAUAGAAUGCUAUCAAGCUUUUAGUUUGGCCCAACAAACUGUGCAUGUUGGGCCCAUUUAUGGAAAUUCAUAUUGUUCAUGCGUUAGGCCCCUUGGUGUCGGGGAGAUAAUCUGGCCACUGGCAGUAAUUGUCCAUUUUUUAUAUGAUGUCUAGAUCAUGUCAUACAGGUGAAGAAAUAGGAAUUUCUAAGUCAGUAUGGUGAUCCAAAGCAAGCAUUUUACCCUUUGAGGAAUGCUAAAAUGAUUCAGUUGAGGAGAAUCUUCGCACAGUCGCCAACAUGGUACUCCUGUGUUAGAUCUAACCCAGGUACCAGUUAGAAGACAGAAGCAGAAAGAUCAGCAGCAUCUAGGGGUUGUUUUACAGAGGUCUCAUGGAUGGAACAAGUGGCCCACCACCAUCUCAACAAACCCACACAGCAGAGUCCCUCUCUAUGUUGUCAGAGGGAGUGUGGCUGGUCCUCUCCCGAUGGACAGCACUCCAGAUGGCUGUUCAAAAUGAAUGGGGUGGAAGGGAUUCCCGCCAGAAAUCAGAUCAGCUCAUGUCCGACAUUAUCGCCCAUUUCACUGAUACCAAAGAUCCCUACUAUAUUGAUGACUUGGAAGACAUUCUCGAGAAUGCUAUGUUGCUUUCAUUUAACACAGAGAUCGAGGAUGGCAGCAUUGAAGAGGUGGCAGAGCAAAUAAUGAGCAUGAAUGAGGAAUGUCUUCAAGGCAAUUACGAGUCAGUCGAACAGUUGAGGAAAUUGAACACUGGGGUGCAAGCAGUUUCUCAAAGUCGACAGGUGAGUGAUGAGAACACGAACGAAAGUUCCGAUGAAGAGGCAUCGGAAAUGGCGGUGGAUGAACCACAGCCGAACCAAUCAGUGGGAGCUGAAGAUGGAUGGUCCGUUGUCACCUCCAAGCGAAACCGAGGUAAAAGAUCUAGUUGAGAGUUUUUGUCACCCGCAAUGCAAAAUAGGGCUCGAAGGUAUUACUCUCUUGCGAGGAUCUAGGGAGUUCUUGGGAUCAAAUGUCUAGAUGGAACGCAGCUUGUGACAGGUUUGGUUUCUAAGAUCUGUGCAUUUUUGCUUUUUGAGUUGAGAUGGGAAAUAUGUUUUUACUUCGACCAUGAUCUGUUAUAAGCAGAUAUAUUUGCGAAUUACAUAAAACAUAGAUUAUUAUUUCUCAGUUGGUGAUUUUGAAGAAGAAAUUAAUGUUGUUUAAUUAUAUUAUUCCA